AUGUUAUAUGCUAAAAUGGAAAAACGUUACAUGCUUAAAAAGAUCAUGAAAUCAGGCUUAUGGCCAUCACCUUCUUCAUUACAUUUUCAUUCAGCACUUGAAAUGGACAUCUUGUUGGCCUUGUAG